GUUCAUAUCAGUGUCGGUUGUUGAUGGUGGAGGCUUAGUCGCACAGCUUUUUCAGCGAUGUUUAUCCCUAGUUUACAGGAAGACAUGCACCAUUUUAAACCGAAUCGACACAGGCUCUACACAACGAGAUGCUGUGGUUGUUGCCAUGUCAGGACGGGAACCAUCAUUCUCGGCACAUGGUACAUGGUGGUGAACCUGUUGAUGGGCAUCCUGCUGACUGUGGCCGUGACCCACCCAGAUAAUGUGCCCACUGUCGACUUGCAGUAUGAGGUCAUUGAGCACUACUUUAGCCACACCUUCCAAGGAGAGGGGAAUGUCCUAAAGGAGAAUGCCUGUGUGGGAUUCGCCAUCUCUCUGCUGAUGCUCACUAUCAGCGCCAUGAUGGUCUAUGGAGCCAUUACUCAUCGUGACGGCUGGCUUAUCCCGUUCUUUUGCUACCAGCUCUUUGACUUUGCUCUGAGUUGCCUGGUAGCCAUCAGCUCACUCACCUACCUGCCCAGGAUAAAGGACUACAUAAAGGAGCUGCCAGACUUCCCCUACAAGGACAACCUGCUCUCCAUGGACUCCAGCUGCCUGCUGCUCUUCGUCCUCGUGUUCUUCACCUUCCUCAUCAUCAUGAAGGCUUACCUGAUCAACUGCGUGUGGAAUUGCUACAAGUACAUCAACAACAGGAACGUGCCGGACAUCGCCAUCUACCCCGCCUUCACGGCGCCUCCCCAGUACAUCCUACCCACCUACGAGAUGGCAAUGAAGAUGCCAGAGAAAGAGCCCCCUCCCCCCUACAUGCCUGCCUGAAGACCCCCCUCCUCUCUGUGUGUGUGGCGUUCCACAGCUCGCCAUUUUGAUCCUGCCAUGCAUUUCUAGAGAGGGAUACUUUUUUUAAAGGCCCAGUGCAGUCAAAAACGUGAUUUUCCUGUUUUUAUAUACAUUUCCACACUGAGGUUGGAAUAAUAUUGUGAAAAUGAUGAUAAUGCCCUUCAAGUUUCAAGUUGUAUGUACGCGAUACACAUGGGAGACACGAAAUGCUUACUUGCAGGUUCCUUCUCGAGAAUGCAACAACAAUAAGAAAUAAUAAAAGAUGAGAAUACUAACAAAGUAUAAAUGGCUCAGUAGAAUAAACAUUUUAGCAUGAGUAUAAUACAGGAAGGGACAAUUUAAAGUCCAAUAUUUACAUUAGUUUUUUGUGGAAUGCGGGAUUGGGGGGCAAGUGUUUAAAUUGUGCAAUAUUUAGCCAUUUUAUUGUAAGAGCUGUUUGAAAAGACCGCCUGAAAUUUCAGCCUGUUUUGGCCUUCCAUGGUGACAUCACCAUGUAGUAAAUUAGUUAAUAGACCAAUAAGAAAAGAGUCCCAAACCUCUUUGCCAAUAGAGGCUAAUUUUCAGUUCUCAACUCGGACUACCCUGACAGUCCUAGCAAAAUUCUUGCUUGAGAAAUUGCUCUUUGCUAAGAAGCUGUUUUUGUUUUCAAUUAAAACGGUCAAUCACAGUAAGGUGCUUAAUUGUUACCCAGAAAUUAUUUCAUAUUGAGAUAAAAACGGCUGCAUUGGAACUUUAAAGGCCCUGUAACAUUCAAACCCAGACCCCAUAAUAUUGUAGAUGAGUGGAGGGGUAGAUAAAGUAGUCUGCCAUAGGAUGACGUGUAAUGUAUAAAGUGAUGAAAGCUUUCCAACCCCCCGUCUUUUGAUGUUUUAGUAAAAAGUGAAAGUACCAUUGCUUGAAUGCCUAUCACCAGUUAGUUCAUCUUUAGAAUAAACACCAUCCUUUCCUUAUAGAUUGAAAUUAUAAUGCGUGACUAUAAAAAAUAAAUAAACAAAUUCUUAAGACAAUCCACUUAUGAUCUCUUAAUCUUAUCGUUGAAUUCUGUGUUUUUCGCUUGUUAAAAUAAUCAAGAUUCUAUUCAGUCUUAAGAGUUUGAUGGGGACAUUUUGUAGCACUUUGAUCUCUUCAUCCCCUUAUUUAGCAUUGGAUCUCCAUCCGUCACCUGUGUGUGCCACGUUCAUUAUCCGCCGCCGCCGCCUUUGUGACCUUGCGGCGUUAGCUUAGUAAAGCUAGUGAAUUGUGUUGCAGUUCAAAAUGACCUGAUGCUGCUGGUUAAAGGGACAAUACACCCCAAAACCAAAGUUUGUCAGAUGAUUGCAGACCUUAAAAGUAGUCUCAAGAUAAAAUAAGACUGAUCUAAAAAAAAGUCCACUUUGGAGUUCUGAAAACAUCUGAUAAAUGUUGGUUUUGGAGUAGACUGUCCCAUUUUUAAGGAGAGCGAUGCCUCAUCGGGAAGGUGGAGGGAACAAAUGGCUAGUUUUGUGAACAGUGGUGGAUGCGUGCUACUCUUUCUGCCUUUUUCUUUACAUUGUGUUUUGAUCUUUGUGGAAAACACGUGUUCAAUAAACAUUUGAAAACAUUGGUAUUCAUCACCUGA